AUGGGCGAAUCGAUACGGAUAAAGGAGGCAUUUAAUGCCGUGAGCGUCUUCCUCAACCCUGUCUUUCAACGAGACAACGUCCAAGAUCAUAAGUCGCGCGGGAAGUCUCUAUUGGAGAUCCUUGGUGAAACGCUCCGUGAAGAUGAUACAGGUGCUGGAUCUGUAAGGAGAGAUGUCAUUAGCAAAGCUUUGGACUUACUAGGCCUUGUUCAUACCGCGUUCGUCACUCCAGUCAAUGAUGUCGACCCAACCAGCCAGCAUGGCCAAGACACAGAAGAUGCUGCACUGGAGGAUGCGAAGCGACGCCGCCUCCUACUUGCCCUAGUGGAUUUGAUAUCCUUGGAGGGUAUAUAUCCGUCACUUUCCAGAGGACUUGGGGUACCUCUGCACCACAGGGUGUUCUCAGCUUUGCCCACGGGGGUCAUUGCUCAGCAACAACACCAUGCGCAGGAGAAGCCUGAGGAUGAGUUCCUCCUCGAGAAAAUAUGGUUAGCUCUCUCGAGCAUCAUAUUCGAUGCACGGCCCAGCAUCCAGGACGCCAUCCAUGGCCGGAUUCUCAGCGAUAUGAUCAGCGCAGUUUCAGACUUAGCUUAUAAUUCAACGAGCCUUUCUCACGAUAAGGAGAAAGCCUAUCGCCAGGAUCUAGUCAAGCUAAUCGAAGGAACUCCAAGCCCCACGCUGCUAUCGACUUUGUCUAGUUUUCUGCAGUCGGAUCCUGCUCCAUGGUUCAAGUCAUUAGUCUCUGGCCAACUAUCGCACAUUCCUCUACGCCCCGGCGGCGUAGUGCAAACCAUGGUUUUCCUGGCAUCACAGUUUGCACCUUCAUUGGGAGCUGAAGCUCAGACACAGGCAUCCAGUGGCCCAGUCUUCACAGUGCAGGGAAUAAUGCAAACAUCUCGCCUGUUGUCCUCAGUCCCAGAAGGAAUGGACCCGGUCAAAUACUUUUCCACGAUCGCUCCGCAGCUAUUGGCACUGAUUGACGGGGAUGACCCAGACCUAAGGAAGACUGCAGCAUACGUUAUCGGCAACGGUAUUCUUGGUAAGCGAGCCUAUGGAGCUCCUGGGACGAUAGGAUAUUCCAUUUUCUUAGAACCCAUUUUCAAAGCUCUUACUGCGGGCCUUAAUGCGCCUUCGAAACAGUGGCUCGCUCUUCCUGGUGGCGUUGAACAUGACUCACUAGAGAGAAUUGAGGUCACAGAACCGGUAUUAGUAUUAGCAGUCGACAGGUUGCGAAGUUUAGUUCUUCAGCCUCCAAAUCCAGGCCUUGUGAAACGCGUGGUCCAUCCGGUUCUUCUCCCGCUUUGGGGCCUGGCUUGCUAUUCAUUGGAGCAUCAACAUACGGCAUUGCAUGAGAAAAUCUUGACCGUGCUCCAGACGUACUUUGGGAUAUCAAUCGGACCCCAGCCGUUACAGAAACUCGUCGACAACUUACUCUGGGAUGGCGGAUCUACCUGGACUUAUGGCUCUGAUACGAAGAAUGGGAUCACGUUGCAGAAGCGCAGCACAACAGAACCAAAUCGCAACAUUGUACGACUCGUCGACAUACUGGAGUCUCGCACCAAACUUUUUAUCAGCCUGUUAGGCGCCGACCCCAGCAGCGAAGAACGGACAGCAGACAUCUUUCUUUAUGCGAGUGAGCGUUGGCUUGUGAAGCCUUCGACGAAUACGCGCUCUGUGGAGAGGUGGCGACUAUCCCGCGAUGAGAAUAAUUUCAGCGACAUGAUCCAGAGGCUGGCCUGCGCCAAAGUGGCGGAAACGCUACUCGGAAAUUUCCAAGAUGCGCUUUCUCGUUAUCCUUUAAGAAUCCUCGAACUCACCAAGCAGAUAAUUGAUAGCGAGCUGAACCGAGCUUAUGUGAGAAGCAAGAGAACCAUGGGAGGACAAUCUGGGAAAGUAUCGCUUUCAUCACUCGCCAACAUUGUUGAGCCAGACGAGGCCGGAAAGGAAGAGACCACAGCCGGAGCAGACUCUGCCGAAUCACUGUCUGCUGUCUUCAGUCUACUGUCUACCGUUCUCGCUUCCCCCGAAUUUAACACAUCCCCUGAGACUCUACCAGUUCUCGAGGCCAUCAAAUCGAAGGUCGACGAGCUGAUUCCUCAUCUUCCAUCUGAACUCUCCAAGCCAGCAACCACGGCAUCAAUGCUCGUCGAAAUCCACAUUGCAACCCCAGAGGGACAAACCACAAACAAACCAUCGUCCGAAGUGGCAGACUUCGAGACCCAUCGCCGCGCACUAACCAACCUCAACUCAGACCUCCCACCAGUACAAGCCGAGGGAUUCUCACUACUCUCGGGCCUGAUCACCAAAGCAUCGCCCGUACUCGACAUACCUUCCACACUAACUCUCCUCCUAUCCAUCAUAACAGACCCCUCAGAGACCAACAGCAGCGACGAAUUCAUCUACCUCAACGCCAUAAAACUCAUCGGCACCUUAGCAUCCAGACACUCUCGCACUGUGAUCAAAACCCUCGUCGACCGCUACAUCGACAAAUCCGAAACCAACAGUCUAGACCAACGACUCAAAAUCGGAGAAUCCCUCCUCCGCGCAGUCCAAGACCUCGGCACCGCCCUCACAGGCGAAACCAGCAAAAUCCUCAGCGAAGGCAUGAUCAGCGUCGCUGGCCGCCGCGCCCAGAAACCCGAAGCCCAAAAAGCACGACAACAGCAUCUCGACAAAGAAAAGCGGAAACAAGAGCGCGAAGCCCGUCAAAACAAGGAACCUUCUAUGCCGCCAGGAUGGAGCAUAUCCACCGCCGCCGCCGCCUCCAUAUCAAAGAUCCGAGAACUAACAGAGGAAGAUUCCGACAACCCAGAACUAGAACCCCCGGAGCAAGCCGCAAACAUCAUCUCAGCCUGGGCAGCGGGGGCAGUCUCUGGCGAAGAGCCCGAGGAUCUUCGAAUUCGAGCAUCGGCAUUAUCGAUUCUCGCCAGCGCCAUCCAAACGAACAUCUCCGGGCUCGGGCCCUCGAUUGUUUCCUCAGCGGUUGAGCUCGCGCUCGCAACGCUCACGCUAGAACCGGAGCUUGAGUCCGCUAUUCUCCGACGCGCGAGUGUCGUUCUCCUUCUUGAUAUUCUAAAGGCUAUGGAUACUGCGCGUGAGACGGGCGGAAGUCAAGCUCUGGGUUUCGGGUUCUCGCUUUCGGAUAAUGCGUCGAUGAGUGGUAGAUUGGGUGAUGCGCAGGAUAUGACUGGUGGGGGAGCAACGACGGUGGGGAAUAUUCCUCGCAUGUUAUCCACCUUGAACUUUGUGGAAAGUCGCGAAUCAGACAGUAUUGUCCGGGGGCAUAUUCGGGUGUUGAUUGAGAGCUUGGAAGCUUGGCUUGAGAAGUCUUUGCUCUGGGGCAUUGGGGCUCGGGAUGAGGACGAGCCUCGACUGGAGCUGGGGAAUCGGAUUGCUGGUCUACGUAUUAACCCUCUUUCUGACAAGGGCGAAGCUGCGAGGCCUAGGAUUGAGGAGAUUGAAUAGUAGGGUCGCAGGUGUUUGUGAGAUUGGGUGAAUUAUGUUAAGAAUAGUGUACAUUGCCCAUCUCAGCAAUG